AUGGAGCUGAGCAUCCUUCUUCUUCUCGCUGUUCUCACAGGUCUCUUACUUCUCCUGGCCAGGGGCCACCCAAAGGCCCAGAGACACCUCCCUCCAGGUCCUCGUCCUCUGCCUUUCCUGGGGAAUCUUCUGCAGAUGGAUAGAAAUGGUCUACUCAAAUCCUUCCUGAAGCUCCGAGAGAAAUAUGGGGAUGUGUUCACGGUGUACCUGGGACCGAGGCCUGUGGUCAUGCUGUGUGGGACAGAGGCCUUGCGGGAAGCGCUGGUGGACCACGCUGAGGACUUCGCUGGUCGAGGGCCAAUCGCUGUGGUUGAGCAAGUCUUCCAGGGAUAUGGUGUUGUCUUUGCCAACGGGGAGCGCUGGAAGACCCUCCGGAGAUUCUCUCUGGCCACCAUGAGGGACUUUGGGAUGGGAAAGCGGAGCGUGGAAGAGCGGAUCCAGGAGGAGGCUCAAUGUCUGGUGCAGGAGUUACGGAAAUCCAAGGGAGCUCUCCUGGACCCCACCUUCUUCUUUCACGCCAUCACUGCCAACAUCAUCUGUUCCAUCGUCUUUGGAGAACGUUUCGCCUACAAAGAUCCUGCAUUCCUGCGGCUGCUGGAUAUGUUUUUCCAGUCCUUUACGCUCAUCAGCUCUUUCUCCAGCCAGGUGUUCGAGCUCUUCUCCAACUUCUUGAAGUACUUUCCGGGCACACACCGGCAAGUCUACAAAAACCUGCAGGAAGUUAAUGCCUUCAUUGGCCGCAAUGUGGAGAAGCACCGUGAAACCCUGGACCCCAGUGCUCCCAGGGACUUGAUCGAUACCUACCUGCUCCGCAUGGACAAAGAGAAGUCCAACCCCAACACCGAGUUUCACCACCGAAACCUCAUCCUCACCUCGCUCUCCCUCUUCUUUGCUGGCACGGAGACCACUAGCACCACUCUCCGCUACGGAUUCCUGCUCAUGCUGAAAUACCCCCACAUCACAGAGAAAGUCCACAAGGAGAUUGACCAGGUGAUUGGCUCACAUCGCCCUCCAACUCUCGAUGACCGAGCCAAAAUGCCAUACACAGAUGCAGUCAUUCAUGAGAUUCAGAGAUUUGGGGACCUCCUCCCUAUCGGUGUGCCUCGCAUGGUCACCAGAGACACUCACUUCCGAGGGUACAUCAUUCCCAAGGGUACUGAAGUUUUCCCUAUCCUGAGCUCUGCCCUCCAUGACCCAAAUUACUUUGAAAAACCUGAUGACUUCAACCCUGACCACUUUCUGGAUGCCAAAGGGGCCCUGAAGAAGAGCGAAGCUUUUAUUCCCUUUUCCUUAGGGAAGCGCAUUUGUCUUGGUGAAGGCAUUGCCAGGACCGAAUUGUUCCUCUUCUUCACCACAGUUCUCCAGAACUUCUCUGUGGCCACUUCUGUGGCCCCUGAGGAUAUCGACCUCACACCCCAGGAGAGUGGUGUGGGAAAACUGCCCCCCAAGUAUGAGAUCCGCUUUGUGCCCCGCUGA